UCUCAACAGACUAUUACUGCCGACCGCAAAGGUCUCCAGGAACAUAAGAAGUUCUUCGCGCGUACCGAUUACGAUGGUCCUGCGCUCACUGACCUAGUUGAGAUCAUCAACCACGUGAAGCCCACCGCCUUGCUCGGCCUUAGCACCAUCAGAAAUGCAUUCACUGAACAAGUCGUCAAAACGAUGAGUGCGCUGAACGCGCGUCCCAUCAUCUUCCCCUUGUCAAAUCCCGUCGCGCUAUGCGAGCUAGACUAUCAGGACGCCAUCGAAUGGUCGAAUGGACAGGUAAUCUUCGCGUCGGGUAGCCCGUACCAGCCCAUCUCCCAUGGCGGUGUCACGUACGAGCCUGGCCAAGGAAACAACAUGUACAUGUUCCCUGGUAUUGGUCUCGGUUCGAUCCUCUCCCGAACUCGGCAUGUAUCGGAUGCCAUGGUCAAACAGGCAGCUAUCGCACUUGCCAGCUCCUUGACAGAGGAAGAGAAGGUGGCUGAGCUCGUAUACCCUCGCCUUGCGGGCAUCAGGGAUAUCAGUGCCCAGGUCGUAUUUGCAGUCAUCAGACACACAAAAAGAGGUAAGGAGGGAAUA